AAGUAUCUCUCCAAUCAGCUAAUCGAGGAGGGUUUAUCUCGUUUAGGUUUUUCGCUCUGCUCACUGCAAGAAGCGCUCAAAAUCCGACUCUCCCCCGAUGGCGAAACCAUCCCGAGGCCGCCCUUCGCCGCCGUCGAGGUCCAUGUCCCGCUCCCGUUCAUCCUCCGGCUCGGACUCCAGCUCGCGCUCUGGUUCCCGUACGAGAUCUCCCUCGCGGUCAAGGUCGAUCUCCUCUUCUUCUCCGUCUCGCAGCGCCAGCUCCGGCAGCCGCAGCCCUCGUCCUCCACGAAAGAGCCCCGCUGAAGUAGCUAAACGAGGUCGCAGCCCGCCUGCACAGGUGAAGAAGGCAUCUCCGCCACCAAGGAAAGCUUCUCCAAUUCGCGAGUCUCUUACUCUUCAUGUUGACUCGCUGAGUAGGAAUGUGCAUGUUGGCCAUUUGAGAGAAAUAUUCAGUGUCUAUGGUGAAGUCGCGAAUGUGGAUCUUGCAAUGGACCGAGUUGUUAAUCUUCCUAGGGGAUUUGGAUACGUGGAGUAUAAGGUCAGAGCAGAUGCGGAGAAGGCUCUGUUACACAUGGACGGGGGGCAAAUUGAUGGUAAUAUUGUGCGAGUUCGUUUUACAUUACCUCCAAGACAACAAAAGGUUUCACCACCUGCAAAGCCUGUAGCCAGUGCUCCAAAAAGAGAUCUUCCAAAAACUGAUGGUGCCAGUGCGGAUGUUGACAAGGAUGGACCAAAACGUCCACGAGAACUCUCUCCAAGAAGAAGAUCUCCUAUUGGCCGAAGAGGCGAUUCACCUCCACCACGCAGGCGUCUUGAUUCUCCUCCUCGUCGCCGCCGGGGGGAGACCCCUCCAAGACGUAGGCCUGCGUCCCCAGGGGCUAAAGGUCGUUCGUCCUCUCCUCCACCAAGGCGAUAUAGGUCCCCUCCAAGGAACUCUCCAAGGAGAAUACGUGGAAGUCCAGUUCGUAGGCGUUCUCCUCUACCUCCAAGAAGGCGGUCACCACCUCCUAGACGUGCCCGAUCUCCUCCAAGAAGGUCCCCUCUCCGUAGACGAAGCCGCUCACCAAUUCGUCGGCCUCUACGCUCGCGAUCUAGAUCGCUCUCUCCUCGGAGAGGCCGAGGACCUGCUGCAAGACGUGGAAGGUCAUCAUCUUACUCUGAUUCGCCUAGCCCAGUGCGCAAGGUGGCUCGUAAAAUCUCAAGGAGCCGCAGUCCUAAAAGGCCCUUGAGGGGUAGAAGCAGCAGUAACAGCAGCAGCAGCAGUUCACCGCCUCGAAAGCCAUAGGCUCUUCAUUCUUGUUAGUUUUGUUACCAUGUUUUUCGGGCUUUAGUUGCAUCUAUGGUAUUUUGGUUUGGUGAAAUGAUGGAUAUCGACUCUCCUUAGCUCUUGUUACUAAUUGGAGUCUCGUUGGCUGUAUUACUCUGAUCGGCAUAUUGUAAUCAUAUUGUAUGUUACUCCAUUUGCUAGUUUCUGUUACUUUUUGGAAUUCGUUAGUUUGUAUUAGAAUCUACACUUUCAUCGUUCUUUGCUUGCUCCUGAAUUCAUGCUAUCGAGUUAGUCAUUGCUGCUGGCGU